AUGCUUGAAAAAGUUUUGACGAUUCAGACGAAUACUGAAAAGACAUUAUCUGGGCUAUCAGAGACAGUGGUUUCUCACUCAGCGGCUAUUCAAAACCUUGAACAGCAGAUGCGUGAUCUUUCUAGAGAGCAGCAUCCUGCUAGAAAGGGAGGACUUCCUAGUGAUACUAUUCCAAACCCUAAGAAUGGAGGUGGUGGUGUGGAGCGUACUUUUGCUAUUAGCACGAGAAGCGGUAAAAUACUUCAAGGUGCUGACAAGAAGGCGGUUGAUCUAGAUCUAAUUAUUGAGGAAGAAGAGGUGCAUUCUGAUGUACAUAUAGUAGAUGAUGAGGUCCAUGUUGAAGAGAAAGCUGCUGAUAUUCCAGAUGUUGCUGCUGAUACUAGGAAACAGAUGAUAAAAGGGGCUCUUUGCCCUUUGACUCAGAUGUACAAAGCAAAACCUCCCUUUCCUCAAAGGUUGGCAAAGAAUAAUGAUGAUGCUAAGUGUCAUAAGUUCUAUGAUCAGUUAAAGCAGUUAACUGUGAAUUUUCCAUUCUUAGAUGCUGUGAAAGAGAUGUCCGGAUUUGCUAAGUUUGUGAAAGAUCUGCUUAUGAAGAAGAGGUCAGUUCAACAUGAGACAGUGAAUCUAACUCAUCGCGUGAGUUCAAUUAUUGCUUCCACCACGGUUCAGAAGAAGGGAGAUCUAGGGGCAUUUACCAUUCCGUGUUAUAUUGGGCUUCAUGCAUUCGCUCAUGCGUUGUGUGAAAAUGGGCUGAUGCCCCUUGCUAUUUUCAAGCAAUCUGGAUUAGAAAUGCCUAGAACGACGUCUAUGCGAUUACAAAUGGCGGACAGAUCUAUCAAGAAGCCAGUUGGGGUUAUAGAUGAUGUGUUGGUACAAGGGAGUAAGUUCAUAUUGCCUGCUGAUUUCGUUAUUCUAGAUUGUGUGGUUGACAAAGAUAUUCCUAUCAUCUUGGGAAGACCCUUUCUGCUACGGGCAGAGCGCUUAUGGACUCUGAAAAGAAUGAAAUCAAGUUUCGAGUAA